AUGGUCCGGUUAGAGCUCGCGACUGUGUUGCUGGCGGUGGCAGCCGCAGUGAAUGCGGUACAGGUUGACACGCCCGAAGUCCUGCCAGGUGCAUACAUUGUUGAGUAUGAGAACGAUCAGGAUACCAAUGCUUUUGUCCGCAAGUUUGGGGGGAGGGCGUCACUUCGCAAAGACUUGCGCUUCAAACUGUUCAAGGGUGCGUCGAUUCAGUUCAAGGACACCAAGAAUGCCGAAGAAAUGGCGGCCAAGGUGGCCAAGCUGCCCACCAUCAAGCGAAUCUUCCCUGUGCGACGGUACCCGAUCCCACAGCACGAUGUUCUUUCGACGGGCGACGAUGCUGCUGCCCUCGUCAAGCGCCAGCUUGGCGGCAACGUCACCAACAGCUUCUCGCCGCACCUGAUGACACAGGUAAACAAGUUCAAGGAGGCAGGAAUCACAGGAAAGGGCAUCAAGAUUGCCGUUAUCGACACGGGCUGCUUGGUUUCCUACGGGGCUGAUCUAGUGGGUGAUGCGUUCAACGGUGCGAACCAGCCGAGACCAGACAACGACCCCGUUGAUAACUGCAAUGGCCACGGCACACACGUUGCGGGUAUUAUUGCUGCUCAGUCAAAUAAUCCCUACGGUAUCGUCGGGGCCGCCGAGGGCGUGCAGCUGGGCGCCUACCGUGUGUUUGGCUGCCAGGGCGAUGUGGGCAAUGACCUCUUGAUUGCUGCGUACAACAUGGCAUAUGAGGCUGGAAGCGACAUCAUCACAGCCUCUAUUGGCGGUGCAUCAGGCUGGAGCGAGGACCCUUGGGCUGCCGUCGUCUCACGAAUUGUGGAGAACGGCGUGCCAUGUGUUGUGUCGGCUGGAAAUGAUGGCGCUGCCGGAGUCUUUUAUGCUUCGACCGCGGCCAACGGCAAGCAGGUGACUGCCAUUGCAUCUGUCGACAACGUCAUCACGCCCGCGCUUCUUGCCAACGCGACCUACCAAAUCGAUUCCAAGAGCGAGUUCUUUGGCUUUACUGGCGGCGACCCGCAAAGCUGGAACAGUGUCAGCCUCCCACUAUGGACUGUUAACUACAACACGACAGAUGAGGCUCACGGAUGCGACCCUUAUCCUGCCUCCACCCCCAAUCUCUCUGGCUACAUUGUGCUGAUCCGUCGUGGCUCUUGCACCUUUGUGCAAAAGGUCGAGAAUGCUGUUGCGAAGGGAGCCAGGUAUGUCAUAUUUUACAACAACGUCCCAGGCACACUCAGCGUGACAGCGCGAGUGCCGGGUCUGUCGGCUGUUGCUACCAUUCCCUCCGGUACGGGCGAGCUGUGGGUGAAGGCAUUGGAAUCCGGGAAAAGAGUGCUGGUCAACAUGGCCAACCCGUCCACGGCCCCCAAGUUCCUCGCCAACUUUGACAAUCCGACAAGCGGUGGUUAUCUCAGCAGUUUUACCAGCUGGGGUCCUACCUUUGAAGUGGAAUCCAAGCCUCAAUUCUCCACCCCUGGUGGCUACAUUCUGUCAACCUACCCUCGUCUUCUCGGUUCAUAUGGCGUUCUUUCAGGCACCUCGAUGGCUUGCCCCUUGGCGGCGGCCAUCUACGCCCUGGUCAUGAACGUCCGCGGCACCAAGGACCCAAAGACGAUUGAGAACUUGUUGUCAUCUACAGCAAAACCCAAUCUGUUCCGCCGGGAUGGUGUAUCCUCCCCAUAUCUGGCUCCUGUUCCCCAGCAGGGUGCUGGCCUGGUGCAGGCAUGGGAUGCUGCCAAGGCUACGACCCUACUCAGCACCUCUGGCCUUUCUUUCAACGAUACAGAUCACUUCAACCCUGUUCAAACAUUCACCGUCUCCAACACGGGUUCGUCAUCGGUCACUUACUCUCUGAGCAAUGUCGGUGCCGCUACUGCCUACACUUAUAGCUCACCCGGCGCUCUCACGCCUGCUUCUCUCCCCAGUGUCGAGCUGACAGGUAACUUUGCCUCCCUGGCGUUUACCCCUUCCACCUUCACCCUCGGAGCUGGCCAACGCAGGAUCGUCACAGUCAAGGCGACGGCACCCACCGGCCUCGACGUGAAGCGGUUGCCCGUUUAUUCUGGUUACAUCGCCAUCAACGGCUCCGACAGUUCGGCCCUUUCCCUCCCCUAUCUCGGUGUUGCUGGCUCCCUUCACUCGGUUGUUGUCCUUAACAGCGACAACACCCUGCUUGCACGGGCCCGCGACAGCACCAACUCUCCUGUGGCGGCAAAUCUGACCUUCACCUUGCCCCCACCUGGACAAUCCAACAUCACAGCCGUCCGCAACCGCGCCGAUAUGCCCAAGCUCGUGGUGACACUGGCUAUGGGUAGCGCCAUGAUCCGCGUCGACGUCGUGCCCCUGACCAACUGUUCGACAGCAGCGCAGAACGCCAAGGUCGUGUUUGGUACUCGCACUCUUGGCCAGCCAGAGGAGUUCCCCAGCUGGUACAACCCCCGCGGGACCUUGCAGUACGCCUGGGAUGGCAGGCUCGCUGAUGGAAGCUACGUUCCUGCGGGUAGGUACAAGCUCACGGUGAGAGCAUUGAGGAUAUUUGGAGAUGAGUCCAAGUCCGAAGAAUAUGAUGUCACGGAGACUGUGCCGUUCAGGAUACGGUAUCUUACUGAGGGCAAGACGCAAAAGAGGAAGAGGUUUGUCAAGGGGGAGAGGGCUCUAUGGACGGUCGGGGUGGAGAGGAGGCAGACGCCGGAGCAGUGUGAGGCUGACGAGAGGACUCUCAAGCAGUGA